AUGGAGGUCACUCCAGCCCAGGAUAAGCCUUCCCUGGCGGAGCUGGAGGAUGUCAAAAGGGUCGUGGCAACAGAGGUCUCGCAUUAUGAACCAGCAUCAGAGGAGGAAAAGGCGCUUGAUCGCAGAGUCAAUCUCAAAAUCGACUUUACCCUGCUGCUCAUCCUGGCAAUUGGGUUCAUUCUGCUUGGAAUCGACAAGACCAAUGUCGGAUUCGUCGCCACAAGCACCUUCAUCGAGGACGCCAACCUCCAUCCAAACGACAUUCCCAACUCUCUAUCACUGCCCAUCUCCUCCAUGAUCGGCCGCUACAUCGGCCCCAAAUGGUGGGUAUGCACGCUCAUGCUUGUCUGGGGGAGUAUCUGCAUCGCGCACAUCGGGGUGAACAGCACACCAACUUUCCUCGCAUUGCGGCUCCUCCUCGGCGUCGGCGAAGCAGGCUUCACCCCAACCGCAUACUACUACAUGUCCCUCUUCUAUCCCAAAUUCUCACUCGGAUUCCGCAUGGGUCUGUUCUCAGGGAUGUACUCUGUAGCUGGGGCCUUCGCCGGACUCCUUGCAUACGGUCUUCUCCACCUUGACUCGGGGAUACUGCACGGCUGGCAGACUGUAUUUCUGUUUGAGGGUGCAUUGACGGUCUUCGUAGCUAUUAUUGGACUUGUCGUUUUGCCCAUGUCACCAGGGACAGCAUGGUUCCUCACCCCUGCAGAACGGGAACACGCCGCAAAGCGCAUGAUGCAGGAUGAUGUACACGCAGGAGACACAGCGGAGCACGAAACCAACAUUACACUGCGUGAUGUAAAAGACGUCCUAACAGACUGGAAGAAGCUUCUCAUCGUCGUAUUCAACAUCCUCAGCGUCCUCCCCGUAACCGCAUUCACCACCUUCCUGCCCCUGAUCGUCGAAGGGAUGGGAUACGAAGGCGUCAAGGCAACACUAAUGGCCGUCCCCCCGUUCGUCGUCGGCACAGUCGGGCUGAUUAUAAUCGUGUACUCAUCCGACCAUCUCAAAGAACGCAGUCUACACACCGUCUUCGGCAUGGCACUCGGCCUAGUCGGGUGUCUGGUCAUGGCGACGUCAGGGAACGAGAAACUCCGCUAUGGCUUCGCACAUGUUUGUCUGGCUGGUGUAUUUGCCGGCGGUCCGCUUGUUGCUGUAUGGCUUGCUUCGAAUACACCGGGGAAGGCGGCGCGGUCGAUUAUCCUGGGUAUCAACGGGUGGAGUAACCUGGCUGGGGUGAUUGCGGGGCAGCUGUUCAAGUCGAGUCAUGCUCCGACUUAUAGGUAUCCUCUUAUUGUGACGAUGAUACUUAUUGCGGUUGGGAUGGUGGGGUUCUGUGCGAUGAGAGGCUUGUAUAUGUGGGAGAAUCGCCGGCGGAGGAGGGUUAUUCUGUCUUGGGAUGAGAGGGAGUAUGCAGAGGAGCAGGGCAGGGUGGAUAGACGGGGGGAUCAGAAGGUUACGUGGGUUUAUGCUUAUUAA